AUGGCUUCAAGAGGAGGUGUUAUGGUGACUGGGACGAAUGGAGCUGACUAUGAACACAGAGAAAAAAUAGCGGCUCAGUAUCAAAUAAGUGCAUUAAACAAAUCCCGUCUCAAAUAUUGCAUCUUCUUCCAUCACAUACUGUUCCUGGCGAUGCUCGCUAAACUCUCAGCAGACAUCCUGGACAAGCUGGACAUCUUCAUACUUGAAAUAGAGGAGCUUCAAAUACCACAGCCUCUCUGGUGGGAGUACAUAUGGUGUCUAUCCCUCUUGCUGUCGUUUGUUGGUUUGUCGGCUAUCAAACGUAACAAUGUGAAACAACUACGUCGCUACAUGUACGGUAUCACGGCCCUGGGACUCGGGCCCUUGUUGUACUGUGUAGUGUAUUACUGUGGGGAUGUGUAUGAAUAUCUGACGGUUGACGAGGAUGAAGUUGAGGAUAUGGAUAUACAGUUGUGGCAGGGCUACCCAUAUGGUCUUCUGUGGUAUGUGUUUGUGUUCCUGUCGUGUCAGGUCCACAUGUUCCAGUUAUACUUCAGCGUCAUACUCCUACGAGCCUGGCGUUCACGUACAAAGAAACAUGAAUGA